CGAUUACACUUGUUCUAAUGUGUUUAAAUAGGAAUAAAACGGAUAGCUAACCAGUCGAAAUCAAAAUGUCUACACGAAUUGUUGACCUACGUUCUGAUACACUGACUCAGCCCACAGAGGAGAUGCGUGCUCGCAUGUCCUCGGCUGUUGUUGGUGAUGAUGUCUACGGCGAGGAUCCUACAGUCAAUGAGCUGGAAUCAAAGAUUGCCAGCAUGUUUGGCAAGGAAGCCGGCCUCUUUGUUGCUAGCGGAACAAUGGGAAAUCUUUUGGCAAUUAUGGUUCACUGCCCGAGUCGCGGUUCGGAAAUCAUAAUCGGUGAUCAAUCACAUGUUUUUCUAUAUGAACAAGGCGGUCCCGCUCAAUUGGCUGGUGUGCAAGUGGCCACUAUAAAGAACGAGAUAGAUGGAACCUUUAGUCUGGCAGAGUUGCAGCGAAAGAUUCGAAUUGAUGAUAUUCAUGAGCCAAUCACCUCACUGGUUGUGGUCGAGAAUACCCAUAAUGUUUGUGGUGGCAAAGUGGUUCCUCUCUCCUAUCUGGAUGAGCUGGUCUCCAUAGACGUCGCAAGUGGUCCGUCCAUUGCCUUGCACAUGGAUGGAGCUCGAAUAUUCAAUGCAGCCGCCGCGUUGGGCGUCAGCGUACAGCGACUUUGUCGUGACUUUGAUUCGGUUUCCAUAUGCCUAAGCAAAGGUUUAUCCGCUCCUAUUGGUUCAAUUCUUGUGGGUUCCAAGGCUUUCAUUACGCAAGCACGACGAUUCCGCAAGGCAGUGGGAGGAGGAAUGCGACAGGUGGGUGUUUUGGCUGCUGCUGGCCUGGUGGCAUUGGAACAGAUUGUACCUUUACUGGGAAAGGAUCAUGAGAGAACUAAGCGCAUUGCCAAGGCCGUUCAUGAUCUAAGUAGUCCCAAUGUGGUUGUCGAUUUGGAUGCUGUGCAAACCAACAUCCUUUUUUUGGAGAUAAAACAACCCGAUUUGGUGGGCAGUGAGUUUGUUCAGGAUUUGGAAAACGUUCAGCCCGAUGAAUUGAGAGCCGGUGUCAAGGAUAAGAAUGGUCUGGGAGUUGUAGUCAGAUCGUGUGACCUUACCUUAAAGUCAGUUCGUUUAGUUCUUUAUCAUCAAAUCGAUGAUGAACAGGUCGAAUUGGCCAUUAAAAAGCUGACUUUUGUCAUCAAGCAAUAUGAUGCACGAUGGCCAAAAGUGCAAUAAAAAAAACUA